AUGAUUCAACGGCCGAUGCUGAAUGUGUCCAGUACGGACGAUUAUGUCACGGUAAGUAAUUUAGUAUAAAAUUUCUGAGAUAUUGAAGUUUACAGUUGUCUUCAAAAAUGUAAAAAAAAAAUCAAAAUGAAAAAGUAAAAAUUCUCAAAAACAAAAUUCUACAGUAACCCUCGGUAGCAUCGAAAACAACAAAUUAUGUGAUUUUGCACCAAAACUGAUAAGAAAAUCCGAAAAAUUGGCGCCACCUCACCGAAAAGAAGUCGAAUAUUCGACAAGAAGUGAUGAUUAAUCGCUCGUUUUAUUUGUUUCUGAUACGAUGAGCAAUCCCAAGACGACCCAAUACCAACGCAAACGAGAGUAUUCUGUCCAGUGUUCCGUUUUUUGUCGAAAUUCGAUCGGAUUUUCGGGUAUUUUCAAAGGUUUUUCGAACAAAAUAAGAGGCAUUACAAAGGGAUUGGGGAAAGUUUUUCGAUUUCGCCCAAUAACUUUUGUUUUAUGGGCCAUGCUUUCUAUAGUGACAUAUGAGAUUCGAUAUGAGUCAAGGCAUGACGCCAGCAGAUAAAUUGAGUUCUUGAAAGCUGAAAUUGGAUUUUUUGGAUGAAAAAUAGAUUUUUUGGGCAUUUUCAGAAAUAAAAUGGAUUUUAUCAAAAAUUAAUAGUUAGUGGUACAAACUAAGGAUGUAAUAAUAUUUUUUAACCCUCUCUAUAAUCUUGUAGCCUUUUAUAGGACUGUUUGAGUUUACGAAAUUUAAAAAUUUUCCAAAAAUUAGGAUUUUUUUCCUUUUGUCAGCAAAAUCGAUAAAUUAGCUGUAAACUAAAUAAAAAACACGAGUUAAUGUGGGAAAUGGGCUUGAAAAGGCCAUUACACUUUUUUGACCACACUUUAAUUUGUUUUGUACAGCUAUCGCGCAAUGUUUUUGUAAAUUCCCCUUGUUUUUACCUUCUACUACCCUUUUUUUGACAAAAAAUUUUUAUGAAAAUCAUAUUCCGCAAAAAUUUGCUGAUCUUUUAUCCAUAAAAUCACAUGUUCUAGAGCAAGCUGACCUCCGAAACAACCAAAUUCACGGGUGAUUUAAGAAUAACACAGCAAAAUUUGUUCAGAAUCCCCUCAAUUUUAUGGCCCCAUCUGGAAGCGCUUUGCUCACAAAAUGAAAGUAAAAUCACCAUUUUUGAAGGCAGGGAUUUCCGAAACCAGAAUCGGAAAACAUAUUUUUCGCUGACCUUUUGAUUAAAUUUCCAUUUUUUGAAGAAGAUUUUAUAUCCGUUUAAUGGGAUUUUUUGUAAUAAACGGAUCAAAAAAAGAUUCUUUCACGGAAAGUGAAAGGGAGAUUUUGUGCGGAGAAACUGUUGAAUCCAAUCUUUCUAAUGCAAUUUUACGGUGAUAUCAUUAGAGAGAUUGUGUUUUGCAACAAGUUUAGUAGAGGGAUUUUUUGUUGUGUGAGACCAAUUGUCAUCAUUUUUUUACGGGGAAGAUGCUGCAUCUGCGAUGCUUACAGACGUUUGAUUUUGGCGAAACUUGGCACAAAUUUAGAAUAGGUCUUUUUUAGAUAUAGAUUAAAAAUUAAUUUGCGGUUUAUAAAACCGCUGGGAAUUUUAGACCAAAAAUUGGCAAAAAUCAGAUAACUUUUACAAUAUUUUUUUGAUUUUUUGUGCUUGAAAAAUUCAAAACACGUCUCAACAGAGGUACAAACUUGAUUAUUCGACAAAAAAAAUUUUUUUUUUGAGCAGGAUUAAAAAGUGGAUUUUUUUUGUCUGAUCCACUCUCUUCACUUUUUGUGUUCUCUCGAGAAAAAUAUUAUUAAAUAUCUUGGCCGUGAAUGGAAUAUAUGAGUUAAAAUUUUUAGUGAUUAAAACAUGUGGUAUAUAGAAUAAGUGGGCAAAAUUUUAUAAAAAUCGGAGCUUCGCACUUUGAGAACUUCCACUUUUAAUUUUAGCAUCAUCAAAAUUUCUUUUUCUAAUUUUUGCAGAAAUCUUGUUCAAGGAAUAUUGAAUAUCAAUUGGAAAUUUAAUUUCAAGUCGUUUUACAAGAUAAAGAUUCCAUUUCUCUUUGUUUUAUAUAAAUUUAGACUUUAAAUUUUAUUAUUUUUAUAUCCUAAAUCACCUUAUUUUAGGUCCUUUCCAUUCCGGACAGUCCCACCAAUUCCAUGUAUCUAAACUCCGCCAACUACAACAACAUCCCUCCCCCUUUACAUUCGGGUGAUUCCACGGCCUCUACCUCCACUCAACCCACAGUUUCCUCGGAUUCUUUUGAUGGGAGAUUAAAGUCCCAUUCCAUGGAUUGCCGAUCUUCUCCCUCUUCGCCCUAUGGCCGGAGGGUUGCUGCAGCGCAGGGAGUGGUCAAAGUCAUGAAUUUUGGAGCUGAUCCAGGUAACAAUAAACGAUCUAAUUUUUACCUUAUUUUAGAUAUUAACCAUGAUGAAAAGCCUUCCAAAUCAUCGCUAAUCCAACCAAACUCGCCAUCAAAGCCUCGGAGACGAAUCGAAUUUGAUGAAUCGAUCCGGCCGAAGACCCAUUACGGUGCCAUCAGCCAGUCCCAAUCAGAAUCUUCGGGAUUAAGCGCCUUGAAAAGGGAUAAGGCCCACAAAUCCGGCUUCUUUUACGGUCUAGAGCCCGCAAGUGAGGAGGAAAUUGAAGAAGCUGAAGGUGCAAAAGUCCAGAAGAUCGUGCUCAGCAAAGAUACAAUGGGUUUGAGGACCGGGUUGAGUGUAACGGGGGUCCCACAGCCCGAUUCACCAGAGAAAUUGGUGGCAAUUGAGGUGAUUGAUAUUGAAGAGGGCAGUAGAAUCGCGGUGGAUGAUCAAUUGAGGAUAGAAGAUAGGAUAACAAAGAUCAAUGGGCGGCCGGUUUAUCAGGUAAGGCAUUUUGGACACAUCUUUUUAAGGAUAAUAUAAAAUUGAUGACUAAAUAUAAUUUUUGUUCAGAUGUCUCUGUCGCGGGCCAGAAUUUAUCUCCAUGAGUUGGAAUCGCAAGAAGAGCCGUCUAUUUCGUUUUACCGACCAGCCAAACCGACCGAUAGCGAGAGGGAAACGCCUUUGCAGUACAAGAAAAUAAGUGUUCCACAGCAAAAAGGGAACACUUCCCAGGUCCACGAGAAGAUCCAGCUGACCGUUGUGAAGAGCCCAACUGGAUUUGGCUUUGGAAUCGCGUCGAGGACAAGUCCCACCGACAAUUCGAAUAUAUUUUUGGUUACUACGGUAGUUCCGGAUGGUCCGGCGGAGGGAAUUUUGAUGCCGGGAGAUCGGAUAAUCAAGGUGAGCGGGGAUGCUGAGGGUUUUACUUUGGAUGUUUUGAAGAGGAUUUAGGGACUUGCAACUAAUUGAAUACGUACUAAAAAUUUUAUUUUUAUAUUAUACUUGACUAACAAAUGACGCAGUCCAAAUUUUUCUUCGAUUUUCUUUAAACUUGGCCUACAUACUCUACAUAAGAUGGCCCUAUCUACCAGAAAACUUUAGCGCAAGCUUUAUGUCCGCUGUGGAGACAUUGAGCGUCCUUUUCGCGACAGAGCACGUAAAAUGCGGAGAGUCGGCCAGACAAAAAAAUUAAAAAAAUUUUUCAGCUCUUUCUCCUCUGAUCCUGUUCUGAAAAAACGAUUUUUUGUAGAGAGGUUCUGGACUGCAUCUAUAACAGACACACUGAUUUUUUCAAAGCUAAAAAAAAUUUUUUUCAGAUCAACGGCGAAGAACUUGCCGAUAAAUCCCAACCGGAAGUUGUCCAGAUUAUGAGAGAAUGCGCUGUGAACAGUGAGCUCAAAUUUGAGAUCUCGAGGAAUACGGAGAAUUCGGAUACGGAGAGCAUUGGGUCUGCGAAAGAAGAGACAAAAAUCGAAAUCCAAGGGCUUGAUGACAAUUUGGAAAUAUUGGAUUUGAAGAUCGCGGUGAAUGAAAAAGUCGGAGCUGGAUUGGGAUUGACGAUAAAGGCGAAACAGACGAGGAAAGCCAAUGGGGAAGUUGUGGAAGGGGGCGUUUUUGUUGGAAGGGUGAGUUUUGAAUUUGGAAAUGAAAAAAAUUCGAAAAAAAUCUUUAAUUUGGAUAUUUCGAAGAACAAGCAAAAAUUCUGCGAGCUCUCUACUAUGCGUAAUAACCUUCGACUUUCAGAUUCUUCAUGGCUCCGCGGCCUUCAAAGACGGCCGUUUAAAGGAAGGCGAUCGAAUUCUAGGGAUCGAAACUGUAAAUCUUCUUUGUUUUAAACGCAAUUCGGAUGCCGUUUACGCCUUCAACCACACGGUCUCUCAAAUGCCCGCUUCAACUUUAUACUUUCGGCUUUUGAUUGGCCGAGAAAUCGAGGGAAAUUCCGAAUUUCCUUGCCGAAUCUCGCGCGAAGAAUUCUUGGAAUGGGCGAAAGAAGCGGAAGACUCGGCCAAACUUCGGAAGCUGGGACUCCCCGUUUCUCCAACUCCUUCAUCAACAACUGGAAGGUCUUCGUCGACAAAUUUUUCGUCUCAAAAUCAAAAAUCGGCGAUUUCUCCACCUUCAACUAGCCAUAGCAACAAUAUAAAUGAAUCUGAGGAGACUUUGAACAAGCUCAGGGAGAACAAACAAGGCUCAAUGGAUGAGGAGACGGCGAGUUUGACAUCAGUGGUACCAGAAGACGCGUUUGAUAGGAAUGCGGCGUCCAGGAAGAGCUUCAGUGAGAAGGCACCGUUCGGAAUGAAGAGUCCCAGUGAUUUCGAGAGCUUCAAAAAGAUCGCUCAUCAUCGGCAGAUUAGUGGUAAGGAUACCAUAAUACUCAGUUUUUGAUCUUUUUUCUUUUUGCUUUUCGUUUUUCGUCUAGCGGAUUAGUUAUUGGUAGCUUUGGCCUCAUUUUUGUUUAUUUUUGGUUCAAAAAAUGCAAAAAUAUUUUUUUUUUCAAAAAAAUCAGCAGUUAAAUUUUCUUCUUAAAGACUCAAUUUUAUGUUGUCAGUAGCUCCGUUGUCAAGUAAUUGUAACUUUUUUGUUAAAGCCCCCUUAGCCAAACCCUUGUCAACACCAACGGAACGGCCCUCCGUGAAUUCGCUGAAGCGCGGGGGAUCCACAAUCUCCAGGCAGAGGAGAAGGAUGAUCAAAUCGGAAUUUUGGAGUGACGAGAAGACUCCAGAAGCACCGAAAACUGCUCCAACAACACCGCAGAUGCUGAGGAAAAAGAGCUCAAACUUCUGGGGAAUUUUCAAAAAAUCACCCAAACUGGAGAAGAAGGAGAUAAAAGUGGAGGUGAAAAGGGAAAUGCCAUCGCCCAAGAGCGACAAGGAGAACGAAGAUGAUGGUAGUUUACUUGGUUUUGUUUUGUUUUUGGUCGUUUUGUUUGUUUUGUUCGCUUUGAUGACUAAAAAUGUCGGGUUUUUUGAGAGGGAAUUACGAACGUUGCGAUAGUCGGAUUUUUUUGAAAUCUAUCGUACGUACUCUGAGAGGCUGUAUUUUUAUUUUUAAAAAGUUUAUUUUGCGCUUGUACUCCUACUUCGGCCAGAAUUUCACUUUUCUAACCCGAAGGUAAAAAAGAAAUUUUUGAAAUUUUUUGAUCUAAAAAUCUCUGUAAUUUCGCAGAAUCGCGAGCUAAAAAUUUCAAGUUUGCUUGAAUAACCUCCAAUUUUAAUUUGUUCCAAGUUUCAUCAAAAUCGGAGUGUCCAACCUUGAGUAAUCUCCCUUUCACCUCUAAAAAUCAAAAAUCUCCCUGUUUUAUCAUCAUUAAUAUAAUUUUUUUCCAGGAAAUGAAAGACAGUCCCACCGCUCUGUCUCCGAAGGUCCCUCCGCUUCCACAGUGCCUCGACUUCGCUCCAAAAGUCACCACGAUCGUCUGGAAAAGGCCGAAGAUCUCAAGGAAAAGGAGAAAAAACGAAAAUCAGUCUUCAAGUUCCUCCAAACCAAGGCCGAACCUCAGAAAUCGGUGGAUGAAAUCUCGCCAAGAAAAGUUUUACUAGAUCAAAAUGAGGAGAAUCUGGGACAGAACUCAUUGCCUCAUCACUAUCAUCAGCGAUUUGCUUCGGCUCAAGAGCAUUGGAUGGGAAAUGCGGUAAGUUUUUCGAAAAAUUAUUUAUAAUACACUUGUCAAGGUGAAUUUCAAGACAUUUUAAUGUUGUUUGCAGUGAACUUUGAUAUUGUAAAUUGUGGUUGAGGUAUAAUAGGAGAGUUUGAGUAUCAAACUUUAUUAUCAAUAAACUUUUUUGCAUUAAAAAUAUAUUUUUUUAGUCAUCAUUUUUUCAAAAUUCCCUAGUACAAUAUAAAAUUAGUCUAAAAAUAGUGCUCAAACUCUUCCUUAAAAUUAACAAAUAGUACUAAGAGCGUGGUUAACUAAUUAUUUGAUGUUUUAUUGUACUAACCCUAUUUUAACAGCAGAAUUCGAUGAGAACGACGUCUUUAAUUAACCUAAGCCAGGACGAAAAGGAUGUUGUUUAUAACUGGUAAAGAGACCGCUUAUCGAGUCCAUGUAUCCCCGUGCUUUUUUAGGUCGUUUUUGCGAUGAUUCACAGUCGCGACGACUCUUGAAUCUUUUUAUUUUGGCCUUUAUUUUAGUUUGUCGCAACUUUGUAUACAAAGUUACUGAUGUUUUAUUUCUUUGUGAAAUUGCUUCUCUGUGCCGUUCAGCUUGUAAUCUAGGUCAUUUUCAUGCUGGAGUAGUAUUUAUGCUAUAUUUACUGCCCAUUCUUUGCUUCAUUUCUCAUGUACAAUAUACAGAUACCUGAAUUUUCGAUUUUCAGCCGAAUCAGCCGAGUGCGUUCGUUCGAUAUCAAACCGAACGCCUCUCCAUGGACCCCCAUUCCAGCGCGCGCGCCGACCCGCUUCUCCACUCCAAGUCCGCGGUCCUCUGGCCCCAGCCGCCGCAGGCCACCGGAUACCGGCACAGUCAGCGGUUCUGGCUGGUCGACCCCCACGCCCACUACGCCUACUUCACCCGGCACCCCAUAUACGAGUCGGAUCUGGCUGAAUCACAACGAAAUCCCCGACCAGCGCCGUCUGCUGGAGACCAGCCCCUUGAUCGGAAUGCCAAUUGUUCGGGUCAGGACCCGCACCGAGCCCUGCUCACAUCGGAGAACGGACCUGCGCUUGCUGGAAGACCUGGAGAAGAGCAAGGACCUCGGAAUGGAACCCAGGUUCAAGGCCGAACAGACGGUCGAGGAGGAGUCCUACGAAAAGAAGAGGGAACAUCGGAUAUCCACCUACAACAACACCCCGGAUUCGCAAGAAACGGCUCGAGCCGCCUCCCAACCAAACCCCCCGGCUACGCAGAACUAUAUCCGGACCGAGUCCGAGCACCUCAGCCGGACUACUACCAUCAGUUCAACCAGUACUUCAGCCAUGCCAACCCCGCCCCCGCCGCCGCCUCGCCGUUACAGAAACGCGGCGACAAGUCCCGCUCGACCAGCAUGCCCCGCGAAGCCGCCCGUAUUGCCGCCCCCUCCCCCGCAGCUACAAUACAGCCACUCUAUGAGGCAGCCCGACCCGUCUACUACCCGGCCAACUACCAUCAGCAAGGGUAGGUCUUAGAAGGUUGUUUUGGGCAACGAAAUAUCGCUAAAAAGUUUGAAUAUCUUUACCCUCUCUGUAAAAUAUGGGUUAAGAUUUACAAACAUUGAUAUUGAGCCUAUUCGGAGCCUAUACCAAAAAUGUUAGGUCAAUCAAAAAAAAUUUUUUUGGGAUUUUCCGUUCUUAAGUCAUCAUGUCUAAUAUAAUAUCAAAACACUUGAUUCUAGGUCUCCGUCGAACUUCUAUCAACAAUACAGAUCUCAUCAGUUCCACCCGCACCCCACCACCUUACAUUCGACCCGUCGGCCCGCCCCAAUUUCAUACGACGCUUACGUGGAGCGAUUUUGAGCAACGGUUGACGGAUUCGGAGCUGGAACCGGCCAAGGAAUUCGAAUACUCUGUUAUUAAAAAGGUUGGAAACGCUGCUUUUUUAAUUUUUCAUGUAUUGAGAUGUCUUGAUUUUUGAUUUAUUAUUAAUUUCUAGAAGAAACCAUUGAGUAAAAGACCUCAGGCAAAGCCAUUGUUUCAUUCGCGGAAGGUAAAUAAAAAACAGCGACAUCUCAAGGAGCUGUUGAGGUAUCAACGGAGCAUGUCACCGCCUGGAAAUACAUCGUUUUCACAGCUAAAUUCGCCGCUUAUGAAUGGUCGAAAUUUCGCUGGGGAGCUGGGAUAUCGACGAAGAAGCAGGUGAGAUCUUCAUGGUCUAUAAAGUUAUAUAAAUUUUGCUUUUAUACUCUUUUUGGAAGAUUUAUUACUAUUAUAUCAGCUUUAUUCAUAUCAUCCAAUAAUCCUUUUUUCUUCCAGAUCCCCCUAUUCGCGGAAUCUGAUCCCUCUCCCGGCCAACUCCGCGCUCCUCCGAACUUUCAAUCAACAGCAAUUGGAUCAACUCCGCUCCCAAUCUCCCGGUUGUUUCCCCUUUGUCCCUCAGUUAAAUAGCUCAGAAUCCUAUCAGCCCCAAGUCCGACAAGUCUCCAGAUCCAGAAAGCGACAGAAAGUGACUCGGAGCGUCUUCUACGACAAUAUUUGA